CUCAUCCACAUUUGAGCCCUCACGCCGGCGUCAUGUUCUGGCCGUACCCUUGAGUCGAAGGUCGUAGCGCCUUCAUCCCGAAGGCUUCUUUGAAACCACCAUCAUGCGGUCGCCGCAAUCGAAACCUCCACCCUCGAUACCGAGCAAUGGCGAGCCGAAGCAGGAGCAAGAGCCAGCAGGUCAUGAAGAGGGAUUAAGUGAUAUCGUCGAGAUAGAUCCAGACGGCGAUAUUGUCUUGAGCAUCGCUCACGAGAGCUCCGCACCAGGAACAGCGUACAGCUUCCGCGCAAAGUCGUCCUUGCUCCAAUCAAAGUCAAAAUACUUUGCCGGUCUGCUACAAGGUCGCUUUGGGGAGAGUGAGCGCAUUGCCCAAACUCAUCGGAAGCUACGCGAGGUACACGGGACUGUCGAAAAUGCGCCUGCACGCGAAUUGCCCGUCAUCCACAUCGAAGACGUAGGACGAAUCUCUGCAGUCAAGUCGAUACAGCCGCUGUGUACAGACUUCCUCAGCAUAUUACACGAUCGAGACAUCCAACCUGCCACACCCGUGUCGAAUCUUGCAAAUCUCGCAAUCCUCAGCGAUCGAUUCGACGCGCUGGGUGCUGUACAGGCAUAUGUCAGACGAAAGAGGUUGAUCCGGGCUAUUGAUGGCAAAACCACGGCGAAGAUGGACACUGGGCUAAGCGAGGAGAGAGUUCGGCAACGACUUCUCGUUUCGUCCCUUCUGGACUACCCUGCUUGGACCGAAAAGUACUCCACGAGGAUCAUCAUGAAAGGUUGGGUCGCGAGAGACGUCAGCGAUUCACAACCCUUGUGGUGGGAUCUACCCGCGCGCUUCGAGGAGGAAUUGGCCUAUCGCCGUGACUGCGUCCUCGAGACGAUUCAGUCGGUUCAAACUCAUUUCCUGGCCUUGUAUGCUUCCCGUGAGCGUCAGUGCAAGCUGGGCUACGACUCGAGCGCACAGUGCGAUUCGUUCCAACUGGGUGAGAUGAUCCGCUUCUUGUCAAGGAUCGGCACAUUGCAUUUGCAGGGAGUAAUCUUCGACACCACGGAUCCGCCGCCGCCCUUUGAAGGCGACAUUCACAUCCUACUCGAAAGCCUCCGACAAGUUCCCGAGUACCAAAUAGACCGAAAUCACGCUCACUGUGGCCUCCGCACGAGGAUCACGCCCAUUUUGGACAUUCUGCUUGAGUGUCUCCAACAUGUCGGAAUCUGCUCAGAUUGCUGGUCGCAGAAUCGUGCGGAGCAUGCUUGGAUGGAGAAAAAGAGGCCGUUGGUGUGGAGGAGGCAGUCUCUCCAGCUUCGCGCCGGCCACAAGGAAAUGCAUGCCAGUGUUCGCGCCCUCUUCACUGCUGCCGAGAGGGAUUGGAGUUGCUAG